AUGUGGGAGCCGGCUAAUGGGUAUUACACCAAAGGCGCUGGCGCCAAAAAGGGAGCAAGUCAACUACUUGAAGGUGCUAGAGAAGAUCUGGCAGCUGAGGUCGGCGAAAUUUACCAGCAGGCUGUCAUGGACUGUAUUUGCGGAUUACGACCAAAGUUGUCGUGUCACAAAAAACAGGGUGAUAAAAAGCCGGGAGAUUAUGAAGGUAUUCAUAGAGAGGAUCCCGAGCAAGGCAUUGAAAGCGACUUUCUUUGGAGAGUUGUCAGACAGCUUGAGAAUCUAGAAAGUUUGAUGAUGCUAGAACUUUAG